AAAUGUGAAGCUCCAGUUCAAUUGCUUGUAUUCCGAGUCUUUCUUAUUACAUAAAUAAGUACUAAGUGUUAAGACACUACAAUAUUCUUGCAAAAUGUCUCGAGCGGCAGACCGACUGAAAGUGGUCGUGAAUCAUCUAGAUCGACCAUCUUCUUUUGUUCAAGCAUCUACAUCUGGCCAAAACGUUACCUACUAUCAACCACAAGCAUUGAGGUAUUCCUUUGACAAUGAUCUGCUGAGCACUGAGCAGAGAAUCUCCUAUGAGGAGGAUGGGUUCCUCCUUAUCAAGGGCCUGGUGUCUGAGGAGGACAUUGACAGAUUCAGGGUGGCGUUUGAGCGGAUAUGCCGUCGGGAGGUGCAGGUCCCGGGACUGGUGGUGAUGAGGGACGUGUCCAUCGCCAAGUCAGAGUUCGUCCCUAACCAGAAGGCCAUCUCCAAGCUGCAGGACUUCCAGGAAGAGCCUGAGUUAUUCCGCUACUGUGGCCUGCCUCAGAUCCUGAAUUAUGUGGAGUGUUUCACUGGUCCCAACAUCAUGGCCAUGCACACCAUGCUGAUCAACAAGCCCCCAGACACAGGUAAUAAGACAUCUCGUCACCCCAUGCACCAGGACCUGCAUUAUUUUCCAUUCCGUCCGGCGGACCGUAUUGUCUGUUCCUGGACCGCCAUGGAGAAGAUUCACCGCCAGAACGGCUGUCUGGUGGUCCUUCCUGGUUCUCACCACGGCACCCUCAAAGAACACGACUACCCAGAGUGGGAGGGCGGGGUCAAUAAGAUGUACCACGGUGUCCGUGACCAUGACCCCAAUCAUCCCAGGGUGCACCUGGAGAUGGAGAAAGGAGACACAGUGUUCUUCCACCCUCUAUUGAUCCAUGGAUCUGGAAUGAACCAGACGCAGGGCUUCCGCAAGGCCAUCUCCUGCCACUAUGCCAGUGCUGACUGCUAUUACAUUGACGUGAGGGGAACCACCCAGGAGAACAUAGGCCAGGAGGUGAAAGAGAUCGCAGCAAGGAAAUACGCUGUUAAUGACGUCACAUUUGAGGAUACCUGGGCUGUAAGGGGCCGUCUGGUGCAAGGGGAUAGGACCAAUCUGUGAGAGAGCCCGCCCACCACAGUGUGACUGACGGUCACUCACCACUAACAACCUGCCAAUCAAAGGAGAUUGAAAAAGUUGGCUAAUCCACCAGCCAAUAAGCUGAGACUCAUUGACGGGAGUAAUUUAUUCGUUGGGCAAGAGUAAGUGUCCAAGAGUCCAGUCAGGGCUGUUUGCCGGGUUUGUUUAACAUAUUUGAUUUGAUUUUGAUUUGAUUCUAUUUGGAUCUCUUUUAGUCCCCAUUUGGACUAAUCUUCCAAGAGUCCUUAAACAUUAAAAUACCAUUUAUAAUACAAACAUAUUUUCACAUAUAACACACUAUUACAAACAUACAUAAUAUACAAACAUAAUGACCCAAUAAAUACUCAAUCUAAAAAAUACUGAUUCUUCAUCUACUAUAGUCCCACAACAUUUCUAUGUAUUAUAUUUAAAUCAUUUUAAAAUAAUGUUUAAAUUUAUAUAUUGAAAGGUUUCUGGUUUGCUCAGUUAAUUUAUUCAAUUUCUUUAUUGCUCUAAAUCGAAAUGAUAUUUUGUGGCGGACAAAACUGCAACAGAAGAACCAUAUCUCCACCUUAAAACAAUUCUUGCUGCUUUGUUCUGUGCAUUCUGCAGCCUCCUAAUUUCACUUGCUGAUGCAUUUCCCCAGACCACAGAACAGUAGUUCACCUGACUCUCAAUUAAUGCUUGUGUUUUUUGCUGAAUAAUUUUUCCUGGUAAAUAUUUAGCUAUCCUUCUGAUCAUGCAUGCUGUUUUAAUGUUUUAUUUUACAUAGAUGAGUUAUUUGAGACGACCAUGAUAAGCAGUUGUCUAGCUGCACUCCCAAUAGUUUGGUUUCUGCCACUUCUUCAAUUUGUACUCCUCCCAUACUUAAUUGUAUCCCAUGCUGUUUUGGCCUUUUCCUAUAACUUUGGUUUUCUUGGUGUUUAAAACAAGUUUUUUUGGGCAAACCCACUCCCUGAUAUUCCCCAAAUCUCCUUGUAAAGCUUGCUGCAAAUUGUAGUAUCAUCUGCAAAUAUAGUAGCUUGAGUUUCAGCUAAGGCAUAGGGAAGGUCGUUGGUAUAUAUUAAAUAAAGAAGUGGCCCAAGGCAGCAGCCCUGCGGUAUUCCACAGUUUAACACAUGAGGGGAAGAAAAUGAACCAUUGAUAUAGGUGGACUGUUUCCUGUCAGUUAGAUAUGACUCUAUAUUAUAUAUAAUAUAUAUAUUAAACUAAAGGGAUGUUUAUUGCACAGUUAAGUGAUCAUCUUCUGCCUGACAAUAAAGCACUUACUGUGUGGUGGACUGGAGUGAGAGGAGCAGGGGUAGAAUGUGUGUGAGAGAGAGAGAGAGCGUGAUAGACUAGGAGAAAGAGAGUGUGUACGAGAGGUGGGUGGAUGAAGGUGAAUAGGAGGCUAUUUCUGUUAUGAAUAUGAGCGUGUUUUAGUACACUUUGGAAACCAGGUACUCAGGGUGUCGCUUUGUAUACCAGUCCACCAUGAAAUACCAGUAACCUUGAUGCCUUAAUAUAACAGAAUCCUAGGUGUAUUUGACAUCACCGCCUUAACAAUCAAAUCUAGGCUGCUUUUAAAGAGUUUGUAAUGAGUACUUUGUUUGUAAAUUAGUUUAUGUGAUUUCCUUUCAUUAUUGUCGAUGUAACUGACAAUAAACGGGACUCAGAAUCAA